GACAUAAUUAUGUUGGUAAACAAACAAAAUCCAAGUAGAAUUUUCAGAAUUGAUAAUAAUAUUGGAAUUAAAUAGUUUUAUGGCUUUAAAACUCUCAAGAGGGAACCGAUAUAAGUAGUUUAUUUCGUUUCUUACUCCAGUAAUAUGAUUUAUGAGCAUGAAAAUGGAAAAUUGUAUGAAUUACGAAGACUAUGAGAACGCUGCCAGGAAGUUCAUCCGAAUAUCCAAUGCGAUUUCAGAUGGCUGGACAUUGCAUCUAGGAAUGGAUUCUCAUUCACUCCAUUUGAGAAAAGAAACAUUUCUAAGGAUUAAAAACGAAGAACAAGAUAGUUUAAUAAAGGCAGAAUAUGUGAUUUCAUAUAGCACAAGUUACUGUGUUCCUAUAUUCGCUUUUAACUUAUGGAAAUCUAAUGGUGUUUUACUAACUUUAGAAGAAAUAAGAAAUAUGGCAUUCAUAAAAAUAAGUCAAGGUGAUUUCUACUCAGUAAUCACACAGCAGGAGCACCCAUUAUUCUUCAGGCCGUAUUACAUGAUACACCCAUGUCAUACUGAACAGCUGUUGUCAAAGUUCAAGGCAGAAUCGAAAAACCUUAUUGUUACCUUCAUUAGUCUAAUAUCACCCCUUAUUAAAUUUAAUUUACCCCUUAAUUAUGCAAUGUAAUUAAUUUAUACUUGGCUUUGAAUAAUGUAUGUAUUUUUUAUAUGUAAGUACUGCUUACUAAGUAGGUAUAUUAUUUUUAUUUACAUGGUGUAAAUGUAUAUUACUUAUGAAAGAUAUUUCUUGUCACACCUAUUAUAAAUUUUUCAUAAAUAAAUAGUGGCUAUGUACAAGAAAAAAAAA